GCGGGUUUGUGUGUGCUUGUGUAAAGACAAGUGUAAAGAACCGCUGAAGGAACAAGGGCAAUUUUUACACCCAAAGGCCAAAAAUAUACUAAGAAAAUGUCGUCUGUGAAUUUGACCAGCCUAGGAGCCAACCAACUAAAAAACACCACGUCUGGAGAGAUGGUGGAGGUUGGUUCUCUGUGGCGGGAGCAGACGGUCAUUCUCUUCUUCUUGCGGAGGUUUGGUUGUCAGGUGUGCCGGUGGAUGGCAGCGGAGGUCAGUAAACUGGAGAAAGACCUGAAAGCAAAUGGUAUUGGUCUGAUUGGCAUCGGACCUGAAGAGAUGGGAGUGAAGGAGUUCAAAGAUGGGGGAUUCUUCAAGGGUGACAUCUACAUUGAUGAGAAGAAACAGUGUUACAAAGAUUUAGGCUUUAAAAGGUACAAUGCCAUGAAUUUGGUUCCAGCUGCCAUGGGAAAGAAAGUACGAGAAAUUGCCUCAAAGGCAAGUGCAGAAGGAAUUCAAGGAAACUUUAGUGGAGAUCUUCUGCAGAGUGGAGGCUUGCUCAUCGUCGCAAAAGGUGGAGAAAAGGUUUUGCUGCAUUUUGUUCAGAAAACGCCUGCAGACAACGCAUCUCUGGAGGACAUCACCAAAGCUCUCGGGAUCUCGGCGAACGUCCAGGCUGGUGAAAAGCCACAGUGCAGUGAAGAUGUUUGCACAAGAUAGAGGAUCCAAUGUUCUUCAGGGACGAAUGGACUGUGAUUCCUGGUUAUCCAGUGUUAUAUUCCCCAUAAUCUGAUUCAAAUCAUCUUUUACAUGUAUGUGAUACUUUGGUUUGAUGCUAAAAUAUAAUUCACUGAUCA